UUGGCUGCGGCUCUCUCAAAGCUGAGAGCUUUGUUCUUCUUCCGUUGCUGUAUCAAUGGGAGAUGGCUGUUCAUCUCCUCACACCAUUCUCCUCGCUUCCAAGAAUCCCAUCUCGAAACCCUAGCCCUAGCCCUAGAUCUCCUUUGAUAUUCAGGCCAAAUUGUGGGUUUCGCUGUUGCUGCUCAUCCUCCAGGAGAGAAGCGGUUACUGUUGCCUCAGUAACCCUAGCCCUAACCCUAGCCACUGCCCUCUCUGUUAAUGCUCAAACUUUGGGGGAAUUGCCUCCUCCUCCUCCGCCGCAAAAGAAAGCCCUAGACGGGAUUUGCAGCACAAAAUCUUGGUUCCAGUUCUUUGGCGAUGGAUUCUCGAUUCGGGUGCCGCCUCAAUUCGAAGAUAUCAUGGAGCCAGAGGAUUAUAAUGCAGGAUUGGCAUUGUAUGGUGACAAAGUAAAACCCAGGACUUUUGCGGCUCGUUUCGCCUCUUCUGAUGGAUCAGAAGUUUUAAGUGUGGUCAUUCGUCCAACAAAUCAGCUCAAGAUCACUUUUCUAGAGGCCAAAGAUAUUACAGAUUUGGGAUCUCUUAAGGAAGCAGCUAAAAUUUUUGUCCCUGGAGGUGCAAACUUGUACUCUGCCCGGGCCAUUAAGAUUAAAGAAGAUGAAGGUUUCAGGACUUACUACUUCUAUGAAUUUGGAGAUGAUGUUCAGCAUGUUGCUUUAGUUGCUGCUGUUAACAGUGGCAAGGCAUACAUUGCUGGAUCAACUGCACCACAAUUUAAAUGGGAAGAUGAUGGCGUCAAAUUACGUUCUGCCGCUAUAUCCCUUGUAGUUUGAUAAGUUCAUUGAUUAAAACAUUUGGUGCAGUGGAUGCCUGCAUAAUUUUCUUUAUGUAAAGAGAGCUGCCCCCCCCCCCCCCCCCCCCUUUAAAUUAUGACCAGUUGAGAACAUGCUCAUGAUAUCUUGUGCGCAGGAAGAAAGAACUACGUAAAGAUAUUGUUGGUGGGAACUGGAACUUAAUAGCCUUGAGAUUUUUUUUUAUUAUUCAUUUAUUUAACAAGCAUAGAAAUGUCUUCAACCUU